AUGGACCGUGGUUUUACCUUCAAGUGGCCCCGCAGUGCCGAGUGCCUCCGGUGGUCUGUUUUCGCGCCGAAAAUAGCGGGAAAUUGGCCUUACCUAGGGGUGCGGGGGCUCUUGGUGGGGAUUUUACCAGCAGUCAGUUCCCGCAGGGCGGCGAUUUUACCGGAGGUUGGCUGGACCUGCUUGUUUGUGGUGCUGGUGGCCGGCGCCGCCACUUGCGGUCAUGCGCAGAUUCUCCCGGACGCAACAGUUCAAGCAGAGCUACCGCCUGACCUUGCGGACUGCAUCAGCCGCCUGAGCAACAAAACAUCCGACACUGCCGCUUUCCUGCCGUCACCGGAAGAAGCGCACAUGCACUGCCUGCAAGAAUUCAUCUGGCGAACAGACCAAGUGAACUGGGACCAGUUCAAUGUCACAGCAAAGGAUGUGGAUUUCAUCAGCUCCCUCAUCAAAUCUAUAUUUGCUUCGCCGAAAGGAAAGUCUAGAAGUAAACGUCAGACCAACAGAGGAGGCAUCUUUCCGCCGACGGGUUUCAGAAUCAGACGAGAGUACCGGCGUCUUUCAGACGGCGAACGAUUCGCGUACCAUGCCGCACUCAAUCAAAUGAAAAUGAAUGGUCAGUAUGACACGUUUGCCAACCUCCACCAAGGCAUAGUGAUAACGUCCGCGCACGAGGGCCCGAACUUCUUCGGCUGGCACCGGGUCUACCUCUCACUAUUCGAGGAGGCACUCAGACGGAUAAACCGACGUCUAUCUCUACCCUACUGGGAUUCCUCACUCGACUUCGACAUGGAAAAUCCGGUCAACAGCAUUCUAUUCUCUCCCCCAUUUCUUGGAAAUGGUGACGGAUUCGUUACAUCCGGCCCUUUUGCAAACUGGCAAACACCGUCUGGUCCGUUGACGCGCAACAUAGCCGAAGCCAGUAGGUUAUUGUCAAAAGAGGUCAUUCAAAUGAUAUUGACCAGAUGUCGCACGAGGGAGAUUUCCGACCCGACGGCCCAGCCUCAGUUUAACCUCGAGAUUGCCCAUGGCGGUCCCCAUGUGUGGAUCGGAGGACAAAUGGCUGGCCUUAACACCGCAGCGCACGAUCCCGUGUUCUUCAUGCACCAUGCUUUUAUCGAUUACAUCUGGGAGCUUUUCCGAAUUCGUCAGUUCAGAUUCUGCGGCGUGAACCCCAGCAGGGAUUAUCCUCCUACAAUGGGCCAGCAUGCUCCUACCCGCGCCAUGGACGGUCUGCCUGGAUAUCGGAACAUAGACGGAUAUCGCAGCUAUUGGACACGUUUCUGGUACAGGUAUGAACGGUCGCCUAGGUGUUCCAUGAGACGACCAUAUUGUGGCACGCCUUACCUUACUUGCGAUCGUAUGAGGGGCAGAUGCAUUUCUGUCGCGCGGAUGUUGGCUCCCGAUGAAGGUGCGCCUGCGCUUGGCGCAGCGGCAGCUUUCUCUGCAACAGGAAGAGCCGCAUCACCCCGAUCGAGCAGGGCAAGGUUGCAGGCAGCUAGUAUCGAUGUAGGACCAAGGUUCAGGGCGCCACCUGCAGAACCGAGAACACAGGCAGCACAGCUGAGUCUCAUGCGUGUCCGUCGAGCACUGCCGGAAGGUAAUCAAACCGGAACGUCCAUUGCAAAAUCGAAAGGCGGCUUUACUGCUCCUCCAUCUGACGGACGGACCUCGGACGCCAUGGGUUUCAAUAUUGCGAGUGGAGUGCCAGGUGGCCAUGAUCGGGUGAUAGAUGCGAGAAAUAAUGGACAUGUAUUCCCUGUAUCGGAACCAAUGGAAGUUCUUCCACCCACGGUCAACACUGAUCAACGUCUUCCCGAUAAUUUCACCACCUACGACAACUCCAAAAACGGCAACGUGUCAGAGUGGCUGUUCGUUCCUGUACUGGUAAAGUACCAUGACAGUUCACAAAGCACGAGACCAAACACGUAUAGCAUUCUUCGACCUCGACAAUCAGAUGCAUGCUUUUAUGAACACACUGAGGUUCAUGUUAAAGUCCAGUCCCAGGGACUCAACUAUUUGGGAGCGUACACGGACUAUCUCAUAUUUGAAUCGAACCUCCCUGCGUCCACGUCGCCAGGCUUUGUCGCUGUUCGAGCGCCAAAUGUAGGUCCUUCAGAAGCUAUGGUGACUGCGACUCACGGUUGUGGGCACAUGUGCUUGCCUACUUGCCUGGUUCCCGAUUCGAAACCCGCCUUGUAUCAGCCGUGCGCCGGCAUUUUAAAGUUAAUGCCCAUUGACGUCGCAAAGUUCCGUAAAAGCUACGACGACGCCUCAGCGACUUAUGAGCGGGGACGUAAUGGGCUAGACAGGCCCGAGCAGGACCCACCAAUUGUGUUUCACUGCAGCCCGAGAAGCUACUCGCCGUGGGCCUCUCCAGGGCGGCAUGUGGUCGCGGGGUUGUAGAACUUUCCCUUUAAUUUGUUAAUGCAUUUCAAUUUGAAUAAUUUGCUAUUU